GGUGCCGAAACUCUGACAAACUCUGACCCGGGGCUUCCUGACAUGAAACAGUUUUCAUACCUGUGGUAUUUUAUCAACAUUUAAAGUGUUAUUUAUUUAUUUAUUUUUAAAGAUGUGGACCUUCCUGGGAGUUGCAACUUUCACUUAUUUGUAUAAGAAGUCCAGCGUGGUUCUGGCUCUGACCCACACGGAGCUGGUUCUGGUUGCGGUCCUGUUCCUCGGAGCGGGUCUGCUGCUGUCAUACCUCAGCUUUUACCGCGGCUACAGACACUUUGUGUCUCAUGUUAUUAAUUUACCUUUAAACGUUUUGUCUUUUGUACCUUUUUUGAACCAUUUACUUCCCCAAACUGCAACACGGAACGGCAAGAAAACACAGAACUUAAAAAGGAAUAAAAGAACAAGAAGCAGAGUGGGAACAGUGACCUCAKCCUCUGAGGGGCCCCUGAGCUCCUCUGUGGCCCCGGAGCCAGAUGUGGUGAUCGUCGGGGCGGGGGUCCUGGGCUCAGCCAUGGCAGCUGUCCUGGCCAGGGAUGGCAGGAGGGUAACAGUGGUGGAGAGGGACCUGAGGGAGCCUGACAGGAUAGUCGGGGAGCUGCUGCAGCCUGGGGGGUACAGAGCCCUCAGAGAGCUGGGACUGGAAGGUUCAGUGGAGGGUCUGGAUGCUCAUCAGGUGAACGGAUACGUGAUCCACGACCUGGACAGCCUUGAAAAGGUGGAGAUCCCGUACCCGCAGGAGAAGGGAAGUGUUCAGUGUGGRUUUGCCUUCCAUCAUGGACGAUUCAUUACAGGCCUGAGGAGAGCGGCCAGAGCUGAGCCAAAUGUCACAUUCGUAGAAGGCACCGUGAUCAGUCUGCAGGAGGAGGACGGCUGUGUGACCGGAGUCCAGUACAAAGAUAAAGAAACUGGAGGCAUCAAGCUGGUCCACGCUGCUCUGACUGUGGUGGCUGACGGCUGCUUCUCCAAAUUCAGGAAGACUCUGGUCCCUGGGAAAGCUCGCAUCUCCUCRCAUUUUGUUGGAUUCCUCAUGAAGAACUGUCCACAGUUUAAGGCCAACCACGCUGAGCUGGUUCUGGCCAACCCCAGCCCGGUGCUCAUCUACCAGAUCUCCUCCUCUGAAACCAGGGUCCUCGUCGACGUCAGAGGGGAGAUGCCUCGUAAUCUUUCAGAGUACCUGGCUGAGAAAAUUUACCCACAGAUGCCAGAGCAUAUCAAGGAACCSUUCAUGGAGGCGAUACAGAACGAUCGUCUCAGGUCCAUGCCUGCCAGCUUCCUGCCUCCGUCCCCGGUCAACAAGCCAGGUGUGCUGCUGCUGGGCGAUGCGUACAACAUGAGGCAUCCUCUGACAGGAGGAGGGAUGAGUGUCGCUCUGAAUGACAUUUGCAUCUGGAGAAAUUUACUCCGGAACAUUCCAGAUCUGUGCGACGACACAACUUUGAUCCAGGCAAAGAAAAAAUUCCACUGGGAACGCAAGUCAUCACAUUCUUUUGUGGUGAAUGUGUUGGCCCAGGCUCUGUACGAGCUGUUUUCAGCAUCUGACGAUUAUCUUCAUGAGCUCAGAACAGCCUGCUUCCAGUACUUUAAGCUGGGAGGACAGUGUGUCACCGGGCCAGUCGGACUCCUCUCAGUGCUGACACCUAAACCCAUGACUCUGAUCGGACACUUCUUUGCCGUGGCGCUGUACGCAAUCUACUUCAAAUUCAAGUCCGAGUCCUGGAGCACCAAACCCAGAGCUCUGUAUAAAAGUGGAGCCAUCUUGUACCGGGCCUGCCGGGUCAUUUUCCCGCUYGUUUACUCUGAACUCAAAUACCUGGUGUACUAGGUGGCGCCACASCUGGGAGUAAAAAAACUAAACGGGGCAGGAUCCUAGCAGGAAAUGAAAUAUUUCCACCAACAUGUUGAUGCUGAGGACUGCAGCUCUGAUGGCUCUUCUCAGAUCACUGUUUUCAGCAGCAUCGUUCAUGAACUGUAAAACAUGACUGGACAUGUUUUMAUAUGGACAAACGGUGCCUUUUUCUGCUAAAUGUUUGGAUUAGAAAUCAGCUGGAACAGUUUUACAUCUCUGUUUAUUUUACUGCACAAAUUUAGGAUUUUGUGUUGAGGAAAGCCUAAUUUUAAAUUUAAAGCUGAGACGUGUUUUUUCAAUACUGUAUUGUUUUUAAAGGUAAAUAUUCAGGGUAAUAAGAAUUCUUUUUUGCUGAGCAAAAUAUGUGCAUUACUGUUUAUGAAAAAAAUUUUUUUUGUGUGUGUUCUUUAAAGCAUUUUGUCKUUAUCCUGCUGUUUGUCAGUUGAUGCAGUGAGUUCUUUAUGAGGAACAGAAAGCCUCUGGAUUAAUCCACAGGUGGUUUUUUUUCUGUUCUGGUAUUUACCUGCGGUGACACUGAUGAACAGUUCAAAUAAACCAAGGUUUUAUGAAACUAA